AUGGCCCCCACGUCCGUGACAAAACACUACGACUACCUCGUGAUUGGCGGUGGUUCUGGAGGUACCGCUUCUGCUAGAAGAGCGGCCUCCUAUGGAGCCAAGGUUUUGCUUGUUGAAGCUAACUACAGAAAAUUAGGCGGUACCUGUGUCAAUGUGGGCUGUGUGCCCAAGAAAGUCAUGUGGUACGCUGCCGAUAUGGCCCACAAGAAGGAACAAUUGAAGGCGUACGGCUUGUCUGAUCUGGACGCUAAGAUCAAGUACGGCGACUUUGACUGGCCUGUGAUCAAGAAAAAGAGAGACGCGUACGUGCAGCGCUUGAACGGCAUCUACGAGAGAAACUUGGAGAAGGAGAACGUGGAGUACGUGUACGGAUUUGCUCAGUUUGUCGAUGACCUGGGUAACAUCGAGGUGACCUUGUCUGAGGACCAGGAGGUCAAGUUUUUGUCGAAGGAGUACAAGAAGCACGACAAGUUGCUUUUCUCUGCUGACAAGGUGCUUGUGGCCACGGGUGGCCAGCCAAUUAUUCCUAGUGUUGAGGGUGCAGAACAUGGUAUCAGUUCGGACGGUUUCUUUGAAUUGGAACAACAGCCUAAAUCCGUUGCCGUCGUCGGCGCUGGCUACAUUGGUGUGGAAUUGGCCGGUGUGUUCCAGUCGUUGGGCUCCGACACCACCAUGGUCAUCAGAGGCGACACUGUGUUGCGUUCUUUCGACGAGAUCAUCCAGAACACCAUCACCAACCACUACUCCGACCACUUGGGCAUCAACGUCAUCAAGCAGUCUGGCAGCGUAUCCAAGGUUGAAUUGGUUGACGGCAAGAAGCGUGUGCAUUUGGGCAACGGCGAGGUGCUCAACGUCGACGAGCUUAUCUGGACCGUGGGCAGAAAGUCCUUGGCCAAGUUGGGCUUGGACAAGGUCAAUGUGGAGCUUAAUGAGCGUGGCCAGAUUACCGUGGACGAGUACCAGCAGUCGAGCAACCCUAACAUUCUUUCGCUUGGAGAUGUCACUGGAGGCAUUGAAUUGACCCCAGUUGCCAUUGCUGCAGGCAGAAAAUUGUCCAACAGAUUGUUCUCCGGCCAGGAGAAGUUCGCCAAGGACAAGUUGGACUACAACAACAUCCCCUCGGUGGUGUUUGCCCACCCUGAGGUUGGCUCCAUUGGUUUGAGCACCAAGAAGGCCAUUGAGCAGUACGGCGAGAAGAACAUCAAGAUCUACAACUCCAAGUUCAACCCAAUGCAGUAUGCCAUGAUGGACUCGGACGACCAGAAGGUGCCUUCUGUCUACAGAAUUGUGUGUGCUGGACCAGAGGAGAAGGUGGUUGGCUUGCACAUUGUGGGCGACUCUUCUGCCGAGAUGUUGCAAGGUUUCGGAGUUGCCGUGAAGAUGGGAGCUACCAAGGCCGAUUUCGACAACUGUGUGGCCAUCCACCCAACCUCUGCCGAGGAGUUGGUCACUAUGCGUUAG